AUGGCAGCAGGGGCGCCCAAGGUGGAUGCAGCCUACAAGGAUGCCGUUAACAAGGCUUCUCUCGACGUGAGAGACCUUAUAAAUAAAGAGAAUUGCAUUCCCAUGCUGAUCAGGCUGGCCUUCAACGACGCACUUACUUAUGACGCUCCAACUAACACAUCGGGAGCAAACGGCAGCAUCAGAAUCAAGAAGGAGCUGACGCAUGAAGGAAACAAGGGGCUGCAGCAUGCAGUGGACCUGCUGAAGCCCAUCAAGGAGAAAUACCCCAACCUCACCUAUGCAGAUUUCUUUCAGCUGGCGGGUAUGCUGGCCGUGGAGGCUGCUGGAGGCCCAGUGAUCCCCUUCACUCCAGGGCGCAAGGACUCCUGGUCAUUCCCGCCUCCCGGCAGAUUGCCCGACCCCACAGACGCCACGUCGCACCUGCGCGCGGUGGCGGAGCGGCUGGGGCUGCCCCUGCGUCAGUUUGUGGCGCUGAUGGGCGCUCACAAGCUCGGCCGCUGGUGGCGCGACGUGCAGCCGCCCUACUUCCACCAGUUCUACGCCCCCGGGCCCCUCAAGUUUGACAAUGUCUACUUCAAGGAUUUGGUGAGCGGGAAGCUGCCCAAGGACGGCUACCUGCUGGGCGAUGUGGAGUUCCGCCAGAUCAUUGAGACCUAUGCAGAGGACGAGGCCAUCUUCACCGCGGACUAUGUUGUGGCGCACGAGGCGCUGUCGCUACUCGGCACGAAGCUGCCGCCCGCGCGCGAGGUGGCCGCUGCGGCGGCGGCGGCGGCCGCUUCGGCAGACGGGCAGUCGCUGCAGCUGCCGGCGGGCGCGCAGGCGGCCAUCGGCGUGGCGGCCGUAGUCAUCGGGGCGGUAGUUAUUGGCGGCUGGUACUGGCGGCGGCGCCGGCGGCUGCAGGGGUCGGCCGCCUGA